GGUUCAUCCCCUUUCCUCGUCCUCGCCCUCUUCUGUCCGUCUCCGGAGCCGGGGCUGAGCGGGGACUCGCCCUCCGGGAGGGACAGGGCCGCGACCUGCAGUGACCCUCCUCGCUCGCCCUCACACCGCUUUCCCCACUAACCCUUUCUCCCGCCCUGGCACCCGCCGCGCUCACGCUCCUUCCACGGUUUUUUUUUUUUCCUCUGCAGGGAUGGAAGCUUCCUGGCGCCAGGUGGCCGGUGGCCGAGGCCGAGCCCGAGGACGGGCCACUGCAGCCCCCUCCCCGGGAAAUGGAGUCCACGUCCGCGGCGCCGGGGGAGGGCGAGAAAAGGGGCCGGGGGGCGCCGUUCAUUCCGGCCCCAGCCCCGGAGGAGCCGCGACCGCGGCGGCUGCAGGUAGCAGGCGCGGCCCCGCGGGACCCCGAGCGCUGCAGCCUUCCGUGGCCAGCGAGCUAACGUCUCAGAGGAAAUUUGAGGAAAUCAAGAAGGCUAAUCAAGCUGCAGCCAAAAAACUUGUGGAAGAACGCUUUAGCUCUUCAUCUGAAGAUGAAGGAGAUGAAGAUUUUGAAGGAAAACAGGGAAAAAUAGUUGCUAAUACAUUUAUAACAUACACUACUCAGACAGAUGGAGAUAUACGUGAAUUAGAGCGAACAAAACAGUAUGUAAAUGAAGCUUUUCAAGCAGGGGCUAUGACAUGCCUAAUUUGUAUUGCUUCAGUGAAGAGAAACCAAGCAGUUUGGAGCUGUUCAGGCUGUUUCUGUAUAUUUCAUAUGCCCUGUAUCCAGAAGUGGGCUAAAGAUAGCCAGUUUCUUGUAUCUUCUCCUUUGACGGACGAUGAUUUCGGAAAGAGAGAUUAUCCCUGGCCUUGUCCAAAAUGUAGGUUUGAAUACAAACGAUCUGAAACACCUAGUAGAUACUAUUGCUAUUGUGGAAAAGUAGAAGAUCCACCUUUAGAUCCAUGGCUUGUGCCUCAUUCAUGUGGUCAAGUAUGUGAGAGAGAAUUUAAACCGCCUUGUGGCCAUAAGUGUUUACUCCUCUGUCAUCCAGGUCCAUGCCCUCCUUGUCCAAAGAUGGUCACAACUACUUGUUACUGUAAGAAAGCAAAGCCUAUCCCUCGUAGGUGCAGUGCCAAGGAGUGGUCCUGUCAGCUGCCAUGUGGACGGAAGUUGCUGUGUGGACAACAUAAAUGUGAAAAUCCUUGUCAUUCAGGAAGUUGUCCGCCAUGUCCGAGAGUUAGUAGACAGAAAUGUGUCUGUGGCAAAAAAGUAGCUGAAAGAAGUUGUGCAAGUCCACUGUGGCACUGUGAUCAAGUAUGUGGAAAAACACUGCCAUGUGGUAAUCAUACAUGUGAGCAAGUUUGCCAUGUUGGUGCUUGUGGAGAAUGUCCUCGAUCUGGGAAAAGGUUCUGUCCAUGUCAGAAGUCAAAGUUUUCUUUGCCUUGUACAGAAGAUGUACCGACUUGUGGAGACAGUUGUGACAAAGUACUUGAAUGUGGAAUCCAUAGAUGUUCUCAGCGUUGUCACCGAGGUCCUUGUGAAACAUGUAGACAAGAAGUGGAAAAGCAGUGUCGCUGUGGCAAACACACAAAACGAAUGCCAUGUCAUAAGCCUUAUCUUUGUGAAACUAAGUGUGUUAAGAUGCGUGACUGUCAGAAGCAUCAAUGUAGGAGAAAGUGUUGCCCUGGAAACUGUCCACCUUGUGAUCAGAACUGUGGGCGGACUUUAGGAUGUAGAAGCCAUAAGUGUCCAUCAGUCUGCCACAGAGGUAGUUGCUAUCCCUGCCCAGAAACUGUGGAUGUGAAGUGUCAUUGCGGUCAUACAAAGGUGACAGUACCCUGUGGCCGAGAACGUACCACAAGACCACCCAAGUGCAAAGAGCUUUGCAGUCGACCGUCAACUUGUCAUCAUUCAAGUCAAGAAAAACAUCGCUGUCACUUUGGCUCCUGUCCACCAUGUCAUCAGCCUUGCCAAAAAGUUUUGGAGAAAUGUGGUCACUUGUGUCCUGUUCCGUGUCAUGAUCAAGCAUUAAUAAAGCAGACUGGCAGGCACCAGCCUACGGUCCCUUGGGAGCAGCCUUCUGAGCCAACAUUUGUUCAGACUGCAUUACCUUGUCCUCCGUGUCUAGUUCCUAUUCCUAUGGAAUGUCUUGGGAAGCAUGAGGUGAGUCCACUACCGUGCCAUGCUGUAGGACCCUACUCUUGUAAGAGAGUUUGUGGACGAACCUUAGAUUGUCAGAAUCAUACAUGUAUGAAAGAAUGCCACAAAGUAACUGAAGUGGAUGGUUGUACUGGCAAAAACAAGGCUGGUCCAGAAUGCCUUCACUGUGAAGAAGGGUGCUCUAAGUCACGGCCACUAGGCUGUCCUCAUCCUUGUGUUUUGCCAUGUCACCCUGGAGAAUGUCCACCCUGUGUUCAAAUGCUUAGAAUAAAAUGUCACUGCAAGAUUACAAGCCUAUAUGUGGAAUGUAGAAAAAUAACCACAGCUGAUGUAAAUGAAAAGAAUGUCCUCAGUUGUUGCAAAAAUCAGUGCCCUAAAGAGCUUCCUUGUGGUCAUAGAUGCAAAGAGAUGUGUCAUCCUGGUGAAUGUCCCUUUAAUUGCAACCAGAAGGUAAAACUUAGAUGUCCCUGUAAAAGAAUAAAAAAGGAAUUGCAAUGCAAUAAAGUACGUGAAAACCAGGUUUCAAUAGAAUGUGACACAACAUGCAAAGAAAUAAAGCGGAAAGCAUCUGAGAUAAAAGAAGCAGAAGCCAAAGCUGCUCUUCAAGAGGAAAAACGAAGACAACAGGCUGAACUGGAGGCUUUUGAAAACAGACUGAAGGGUCGUCGGAAGAAGAACAGGAAAAGAGAUGAAGUGGCAGUUGAGCUAUCACUAUGGCAAAAAUAUAAAUAUUACCUCCUUUCAGUGUGUGGAGUUGGGGUUGCAGUGUUUGCAUGGUACAUCACCUAUGAUAUGGAUUAAAAAAGUUUUGAUCUUCUAAUAUA